AUGACUGGCAUAGCUGAUAGAUGGAGUGUUCUGAGUGGGAGUGAUAACUGGGAAGGGCUUCUGGAGCCUUUGGAUUCGGAUCUCCGCCGCUACCUCAUUCACUACGGAACCAUGAUUGAACCCGCCCGUGAUGCUUUCAUCGAGGAUGAUGCUUCCAAAAAUGUUGGAUUGCCGCGAUACGCCAGGAGAAACCUCUUUCAAAAUACAGGACUUGUGAAGGGAAACCCUUUCAAAUAUGAAGUGACCAAAUACUUUUAUGCAACAUCUGAAUUAGCAAUCUGGAAGGAAUCAGACUGGAUUGGAUAUGUUGCUGUGGCCACGGAUGAAGGGAAAGUUGCUUUAGGACGAAGAGACAUUGUGGUUGUUUGGAGGGGAACAAUCCGAGAACUAGAGUGGAUUGAUGAUGUCAUAUUCCUUUUUGUUAAUGCGCCAUUAAUCUUUGGCCAAAACUCUGAUCCUCUGGUGCAUGAGGGUUGGCACUAUAUGUACACCACCACCACCGAUAAAGAUAAUGGAAAGAGUCCCAGAGAUCAGAUUCGUGAAGAAGUUGCAAGACUUGUUGAGUUAUACAAGGACGAGGAAGUUAGCAUAACCGUGAUAGGACACAGCUUGGGUUCAUCCAUGGCAACACUAAACGCAGUAGACCUGGCUGUCAAUCCAAUCAACAACAACAAUAAUAAUAAAGUUGUUCCUAUCACUGCUUUCUUGUAUGCAAGCCCCAAAGUAGGGGACGAGAAUUUUAAAAAAGCCUUCUCUAAUCAACAAAACCUUCGAGCCUUGCGAAUCUCCGACCUCAAUGAUCCUAUUCCGAAACUUCCGCCCUUCGGAUGGAAAGAAGGUGAAACCGUAGAGUCAUCAAAACUUUACGAAGAUGUGGGGGUGGGUUUGGAGAUUGAAUCUAAGAAAUCCAACUAUUUGAAGCCAGCUCCAGCUGAGAACCCACUCUAUUAUCACGAAUUGAUGCUUUAUUUGCAUGGAAUUGACUUAUACCAGACGCCUCAAGGAACGUUUGAGCGUAAGGGAGUCUUUGAUCUUGCCAAAGUUAAUAAGUAUCAGGAUUCUUUGAUAGAAGAUUAUCGUAUACCGACAGAAUGGUUUAACAUAAAGGAUAAAGGAAUGGUUCAGCAAGAGGACGGAAGUUAUAUCCUUGAUGAUCAUGAGCCUGAUGAUAAUGAGGUGUUUUAAUUAAACUUACGUUUGAAUAAAAGUAAUUUAAGUCUUCUCUAGCUUCAUGAAGACAAACCUUUCUAUAAUUAUUCAGUGUGUUUUGUAUAAAAUUGGAGCUGAGGCAACUAGCCGCUUGUGGCUAGCUGUCGACUAGUCCAAUGCAUGUGUGCCAGGUUUGAUAGUUUGUAUUUCAAAUAUUAUGUUUCAAUCAUCUCAGCUCUUGUCAGCAAUAUAUAUAAUAAUAAAAGACUUUAUCGAA